CUCCGCAAUGGUUUGCAGCACCUGAACCUGGUGGUGACUUAAGGAAGCAGCCCAAACAAAGCAACCAUCUCUCCUUCCUCAAAGCCCCCAUCUACCUAGGGACCAGGCUGGGAAAUGGGUACUUUUCUGGGCCUUCGCCCAGAAGGGGUGGUGUGGGGAAGGAGAGGAUGGCAGGGAAGCUUGGUGGCAAGGUGGGAGCCUCCUGUCUCUGCAUGUCUUUUGGUUUCGGCCUCUGGACCUCCAUUUAGCCACGGAGCACCGACUCUGGGCUAGAUCUUGGGCGCGGGGGCUGGGAACACAGAUAAAUGAUGCACAAUCCUGGCUCCUGGAGAAAGACCUCUCGGUCCUUGUGUCCCUGCCUCCUGCCUUCCUCAGCUCCCUUACCCACCAAACCCUCGCCCCACUUCUCUGAGACCCUGUCUCUUCUGCUCUCUGACUUUGUUCUGUUCUGCCUUACCCUGAUUCUGCAGUGUGUGUGCUCCCGGAGGGAAGCGACACAAAGCGGGGAGGGCGGAAAGGAGGGAAUCCCGCUGACAUCACUGUUCAUUAGCAUGUGUGACCUCAUCAGGGGCGGGACAACUUCCCCAGGUGUCUAGGGGGGAGGACACGUGGGGGGAGGUGGUAUUUAAAGGGAAAAGCUGACAGUGCUGCUGAAUGAGCUAGCGGUACUGCUGGUCGCCGGGCUGCACAGCACACGCACACCGAUGCUUUCGGACCUGGACGCCGACAUGGACACGGACACAGAAACCACAGCACUCUGCCCCUCCGGCAGCCACCAGAAUUCCUCCCCGGGGACGCCCACUCCAGAAGCAAAUGCCACGCUGCUGAAGAAGUCAGAGAAACUGUUGGCAGGGUUGGACCGGAGCGGGCUGCCCUCUGCCCCAGGAGUCCCCAGACGAAGAGGCAGUAUGCCUGUCCCCUACAAGCACCAGCUGCGGCGGGCCCAGGCUGUAGAUGAACUUGACUGGCCACCUCAAGCCUCAUCCUCUGGCUCGUCUGACUCCUUGGGCUCAGGGGAGGCAGCCACCACCCAAAAGGAUGGCAUCUUCAAGGUCAUGCUUGUGGGGGAGAGCGGCGUGGGCAAGAGCUCCUUAGCAGGCACUUUUGGCGGUCUCCAGGGAGACAGUGCUCAUGAGCCGGAGAACCCAGAGGACACCUAUGAGAGACGCAUCAUGGUGGAUAAGGAGGAAGUAACGUUAGUGGUUUAUGACAUCUGGGAACAGGGGGAUGGUGCGGGGUGGCUGCAGGACCACUGCCUUCAGACCGGGGAUGCCUUUCUCAUCGUCUUCUCAGUCACUGACCGACGAAGCUUCUCCAAAGUUCCAGAGACUCUACUUCGACUCCGUGCUGGAAGGCCCCACCACGACCUGCCCGUCAUCCUCGUUGGAAACAAGAGCGACCUGGCCCGCUCCCGGGAGGUCUCAUUGGAGGAGGGCCGCCACCUGGCAGGAACCCUGAGCUGCAAGCACAUCGAGACGUCGGCCGCGCUGCACCACAACACUCGGGAGCUCUUCGAGGGCGCCGUCCGCCAGAUCCGGCUGAGGCGGGGCCGGGGCCACGCGGGGGGCCCGCGGCCAGAGCGGGGCAGCCCCGAGGGCCCCGCGCCACCCGCGCGUCGCGAGAGCCUCACCAAGAAGGCCAAGCGCUUCCUUGCCAACCUGGUGCCCCGCAACGCCAAGUUCUUCAAGCAGCGCUCUAGGUCGUGUCACGACCUCUCCGUGCUCUGAGCCGCGGUCGCCAUGGUCACCGCGGUCGCCAUGGUCACCACGGUCGCCAUGGUCACCACUCUCGGCUCGCCCCCUCGCCCCGCCACGCCCUGUCCGACUUCCUUUGUGGAGACAGCCAAGGCUGGAGGGGGAGGGUGUAGACUCUAGGAAACCAAAAACUCCCCGGACGCCCCGGUGUGACCACGGUUAGAGAGGGGAGGGGGGCGGCCCCCGAAAUCCCCGCCUCCGCCCCUGGGCGCGGGAGGCAGCACUCCGACCCGAGGGCGGGCGCGCCGACGGGCAGGAAGGAAAGUCGUUCUGCAAGGUACAGUAUUUUGUUCGUUACUUCGCGCUUUACCACCUCUUCGGUAGAGACCCUGAAACCGAGAACUGGAAAAGUGCUUUGUAGACUCUUUUACAGGGUUUUCCACCUUUGUACUCUGCACGAAUAUGCCUCACCUUUAAGAGAUUCUUAAAGGUAAAGACACAGAGACCCUUCUUGGAGACUUUUCCUAUAACGUUCUGGCUCUUAUCUGCUGCACUUGUCCACUUUGCCUUUAAGAAGUUUUUAAAGGCAAGGGCCUGGUAGUGCUAUUUUUUGAGAAUUGAUUUUGUGAUUUAUCAUUACACCACGGCACUUCCCCUUUAAGGCUCUUAAAGGUAAGGUGUGGACAGACUUUUGCCUUCAGAUGCCAGCGUGAGGAGCUGAGCGGGUGGUAACUCCCCUUUGGCCAGGGCCCAGGAGGUACCAGCAAGGGUCCACCCUUCCCUUUAGAAUAAAGAAUUUUUCUACUGCA